AUGGCACUUUAUGAGUCAUAUAGGCAGAGAUUUAAGCUAUCCGCAAGAGGCGGCGGCCCGCUCACGCAUUCUCCUGACGCCAGAAUUCUAGUGCUCGUGGAUGAUUACGACGACAGGCAGUCCGAGAGCACGAACCUCGCUCCAGAUGGGCGAAUCUCCCUCUUCUUCGAACAAUUUGGUUGCGAAAGUUACCCGUACCUUCGCAAACGUCGCCUCGCGAUGCUGUCCAAGGCACCAAUUCGAGGCACUCUGGAAGACUGGCUUGCUAGCAGCGAUAGAUUCGCGGGUAAAUGGGACAACGAUCCUAAAAAUGAUGUAACAAGGAUGUUUCACGGCGGUGAUGAUGAGGACCGUAAUGGGGUUGCUAGUGGAGCGACUAAUACUGAAGACAACCGCGAGGGUCUCUCACAUUCAAAUGACACCAACGGUUGGGAUUGCAAGGAUAGCAGGGAAAUCGCGGAAAGCACGGAUGCUUUACGAGAGGCGAGAUUUCUGAAUGCGAUCCAACAGCCUCUGACAGCAGCUUUAGAUCUGGUCCGUGAGAAACUGCAGCACCAUGCUGUUUCAGCAGCAGAGGGUGUUGCUGUGACAACAGUGGGUGCUGCUGCUGAUAAUGGAUUCAGGAGGGUCAAGCUCCUGGUCCGGCUUGGCAAGCUGCUCUUCUCGGCGCAUGGAAACAGAAAUCGUCUGACCAAGGUCCCACCCUUCUCUGCGAAACGACUAGAGGACUACAUGAGUGGGAGUGAGCAGCAGUUGAAGCUGCCGAUUCACAGGGUGUUUGAAACGCACGUCCCUGACAGCGUGUGUGGCGCAUUGGAGGAGAUUGUCUUGAGAGAUUCAGGUCUGGCUUGCAAGAGCAGUGAGAAAUACGACAUUCAGGUGCUUGAUACCUGGUCGCGAGUUAUCUACAGAGCAAGCUGUAUAUAUGAUGAUGAGAAGCAACGCCUUUUCAUAAAGAAGGUGAAGAAGUUUCCGGUUCGCUAUGGAGUCUUCGAGAUUGCACGGCCAGGCAAGGCCCUGGAUGUGCGUUUGAUUCUGACCGUUGAGACACAUCUGCCAACUCUAGACGAGGCACUCGGAGCUGCAUUCCACAAGGUGCUGGAGGCAGCGCAAUUUGACCCAGAAAGCCCGGGAGGGGUGCGCAUUCCAGAGCACAUGAUCGAAGGACAAAAGGGGUUUGAUGUUACCAGCAUGGAAUGUGACUCUAGCAGCAGUGAUUCUGAAGAUACCAGCAGAAUUGGCAGUUCUUAUGAUGUCAGCACGCGGGAUUCUGAAGUCAGCAGCAGAUUCUCAGCUAAUAGCACUGUGAAUACCAGUGGUGGGAGCAGCAGCAGUGAAGAGAGCGGGAGGUUUCAAGUGAGAGCGGUCCGGCAUUUAUCCGUGAGGCGAGUGCAGGCGGAAGGGAGGCUAUGGAAGUUUUCCCGUGUGGAUGGGAUUGAGUACAAGCAGGGAGGCGGGCGGAAAACGAACAUAGUAGAGGUGUGCCCGGCGCUGUGGCAGCAGCAGCUCAAGGGGCACGUGCUGGAGCCUGCAUGCUCCAAGGAGCAACAGCAGCACCCUUCAUGGACCUCAGAGCACAUCAUUUCGGAGUGCCCUGCGCUGCUUGCAUGGUUAGCUUGGAAUUUGCAAUGA